AUGGCUCCCUCUGCCACCAAUUUUUUCCUCCUCCUCCUUCUCCUUGCCCUCUCCUCCGCCGUGCAUACUCGUGCAGGAGACAGCCAAUCCUUCAACAAAAUCCCUAGCACCACCACCAAUGUCGUCAAAAUUACACAAAGCCCAAACACUAAAAAAGAAGAACCCAACAAUCAACAACAAGAACCUAGUUUCCUUCCUCAAAAUGAAAAUGUUUAUGGCCUUUAUGGUCAUGAAUUAGGCCAGCUCCCUCCUUCCACCGCAACCGCCACCUCCACCAAUAUUGAACCCGAAACUACCAAAUAUCGCCCCAAAAACUACAACCCUGUCUCCUAUGUUACUGAACCAGAAGACAUGACUACAUUCACUGAAAAAAGUUACACCGCAGGCCCUAACAACUAUGCUGGCGGAAACUUCGAUGAGCAGCCGCAAGGGCUGAGCGAAACAAGAUUUAUGGGCGGCGCAACCUCAAACCACCAUGAGAAUUACUACAGAAAUGGUGGCGGUAGUUACUACGACAGCCCGCAAGAAAAUGCAAUGAAAGGAUACAGAAGUAACAACUAUUACAACAAUGGUGGCGGUAGUUACUACAACAGCCCGCAAGAAAAUACCAUGAGAGGCUACAGAAGAAACAAUUAUUACAACAAUGGUGGCGGCAGUUUCAAUGGCCAGCCUCAAGGGCUGAGCGACACCAGGUCUACGGGCGGCGCAACCUCAAACCACCGUGAGAAUUACUACAGAAACGGUGGCGAUAUGAACCAUUUCCAACAGCAAGGAAUGAGCGAUACAAGAUUCUUGGAAAAUGGCAAGUACUUUUAUGAUGUAAACAGUGAAAAAUAUAGCAGUAAUCAUCCAUAUGAGAGCUUGAAAGGAACUGGAGCAAGAAAUGAAUACAGAAAUAAGAAUUAUUAUGGCAAUAAUGAGAAUUCAUAUGACUACAACAAUUCCAUGGGUGAAUUUCAGAAUCAAGAUGAGUUGCAAGAGAGGCAAGAUGAAGAAAUUAUGCCGUGA